GGAUGUGCGCAUUGCAUGGAUGGGGCAUAUUUGCAGCUCACAGCUCGAUGUAUGAAAGUGGGCGGGGAGGACAGUGGUAUGGGUCGGGCUACACCAACUCAUCCCUCGCCUUUCGCAGUGUCACAGUCUCUGUCUGUCUGCUAUUGAGAUUUGGAUCUGGUAUCAAGCCACAAAGGACCCCUCCCGAUGAUGGCAUAGACCACGAGGGCAGAAAUAGCUACGGUGAUGGUGGAUCAGAAUUCGGGGCUUUUUUUCCACCCAGCUCCCAUCUGUGGUGGCGAGGGGGCGGGGUGAAGGCAGCGGGGAGCGAGGGCUGGGGAUCAGCAGCAGCUGAUGUGCCUGAGUCAACUCGCUCCGUUCACACACGAAAGAGAGGAGAGCCAGCUCUUGGAAUCGAUCACGAUCCUCGUGGUUCCUGGGAUAGGCGAUUCCAGGUUGACUCGAUCAUGUGUCGGUGGUAUGCAAUGACCGAUUUUGCAAUACAGUGGCAGGUCACUCUCUCGAUAGCAAUAGGGUGAUCCUCUCACUCUCGUCAGACCCAUCGAGCUCUGAGAAUCCCUUCGUUGAAUUGUCGCCUGCGAGGCCAACAGCGAAACAGCUGUACCAUGAUGAUGACGGAAGCAAAACGUCGUUUCGAAACCCGCACCUCCACAAGUGAGCCGG